AUAAUUUUUCUUAUUUUUUGGUGUCCCACAGGCCACUGGCUAAAGUAUAAUGAACUGGCCCAUAUCGUUUUAUCAAUUGGUGGUUUAUAUCUUGCCAGAUUUUUUGGCAGUUUUCAGUGUUUUUUAAUUUAGGAGCAUUGGUGACAGUUAUUGAAGAAGAUCUGAAAUGGUCUGUACUAGUGGUCACUGAAGUGAUGCAAAGGAAUCAACUAAGAAAAUCUUCUUCCGAAAUUGUGUUUGUAGAUACUACCUCAUCUUGUGAUAUCUCACAAACAAAUGUUACAAUUGUGUCUACAUCAAGUUCCGCAGGAUGUAUCCCUAUUGCUAUUCUAUUUCAUGCUAAUAAAACUGAAGAGAAUUAUGAGCAAGCAUUCAAACUUCUUAAAUUAGAAUGCCCAAGAUGUUUUGGAGGAUCUGAGGAGCCCCAAGUUUUUAUGCUGGAUGACUCAAGUGAAGAAAAAAAUGCACUAAGUUCUGUAUGGCCAACAGCAACAAUGUUAUUAUGUUAUUUUCAUGUAUUACAAGCACAAUGGCGUUGGUUGCUUAAAAAAGCUGCAAAAACUGAUCGUCAAAAACUUUACCAUUUGUUUAAAAAUAUUAUGUAUGCUGAUACAAGCGAAAAACUUGACUUAUCGUUACACCAAUUAAAAAGCAUAAAAUUAACGCACCCAAAGUUUUAUAUUAGGGUUAAAAAAUACUAUAACAAGAGAAAGUUUGAAUUUGUCAUGUUAUAUAGAAAAGACUUAAUUAUUCGAAACCACAAUACAAAUAAUUUUAGUGAAGCAACAAUAAGAAUCCUUAAAGAUAUUGUUUUAUGUAGAACAAAAGCAUUCAAUGUUGCAGCACUUGUAGACUAUACUGUCAAUGUUUGGGACAGAUAUUAUAGCAACCGUCUUCUGAAUACUGCAUAUAAUCGUUGCUCUGCCUAUGAAAUAUUCUACAACAAAUUAUGUCAAAAAUCUGAAAAAAUAAACAUUAGUUCUAUUAAAUUGUUGGAGAGGAACACUUACAUUGUACCUAGUUUUAAAAAUUCAAAUGUCGAAUAUACAGUCAAUAGUGACGUUGGCUACUGUUCAUGUCCUAGUGGUAGGCAAGGUGGAUUCUGUAAACACAUGGCUGCAAUACAUAAAUUUUUUAAAAUUAAUUUUCCGUGCGCUCCACCUAUUACAUCGAAAGACAGAUACGAACUUGGGAAGCUUGCACUUGGAUCGAAGUGCCUUGAACCAGAAUUUUUUUUAAGUUUGAGAGAUAUAGAUCAAAGCGAAAUUGAAAUAUCUUCUAAUAUUUUAGUUGAAACUCAAGAAAACUGUUUGAUCUCUGGCGAUGCAAAUAACGAAGAUAUUUUGUCAUUGACGUGUACUGAAAAAAAAAACCAAUCGGAAUCUUUAAAUACAGAUUGUGAAGAAUUUAUAUUUGAAUUUAAAAAGUUAUUAGAUUUAGCUAAAAUCGAUCCCAAUUCUAAAAAAAUUAUUAAUAGUUUAAAGCUUAGACUGAAAAGUGUCAAUACCACCGAAAGCGCUUUAGCAACUCUGUUUUCAUUAAAAACAGCAUUAUGCUCAAAAAGAAGAUUCGGACAAAUUAAAACGCAACCGACUGCUGCUGCGAGACGAAGAGAAGGUCUGACACGUGGUAGUAGACCAGUGCCGAUGGGAAGACCAACUAAAGUUGAAGUUUUGAAACGGAAAAAAGUUAAGCGACAAAGAAAUAUCAGUCUAGCUGUUGAACAAAAUGUUGCUAAUGCUCAAAGUCAUUAACGUAUUUUUUUAGCAGUCUUAAAAGUAUUGUUAUAUAAUUUAUAUUUUAUUCGAAUAUACUUGAGUAUUUUUGCGCUAA